AUGACACAGAUGUUCACACAUCAGCAACCUCACUUUCAACAGCCAUCGGGUCAAGGUCAAGGAGGUGAAGAAUCGACAUUCCAAAAUUCUAGUGGUCAUAGUACUGAUCAAUCACCACUAUACACCUCCGGAAAUCGAAAUGGUUACCCACCCUUUUCCAGCCAAUCAGAUGAACGGGGCUAUGUGAACCCCACAACAGCUCCAACCACGGAUGACGCGACUCUCUUUACCUCUCCCGCCACUCAAUUCAACUUUGUCCGAUCCUGGAUCGCCCAACACCAUCACCUCCAUCAAACCGAUGUCAAUAAUGCUCAUAAUCACCUCAAUCAAUCAGAAGUUGGUUAUCAGCCUGCUGGGGGUCUCCAGACUUAUCCCCCAACCGGUAAUCAGUUUGGAAGCAUUGUGGAGGGUGGUAGUGGAUUCGGCCAAGUACCGAGCGGAAUGAAUUCCCCGAAUAGGUUUGGCAUGUUUCAGACUGUAGCAGGUGCUGGUACUAACCCACCAACAAUGGUUGGAUACUCGGGUUUGUUUCAAAGGUGUUCUCAACGCGGGACUCAUAACGAGGUUCAUUCAGCCAGAUUUGAGAAACAGCCGCCGAAUAACCUACGAAAAAGCAACUUCUUCCACUUUGUGCUGGCACUUUAUGAUCGAAAUCGACAUCCAAUCGAGGUCGAAAGGGCCGCAUUCAUUGAUUUUGUGGAGAAGGAAAGGACAAGUCUCCUACAUUAA